AUGUCUCAAUAUGGCAAAUCUUUAAUGAUAAAGACUGCUACAAAUACAAUACCGACAUAUUCAAUGAGUUGUCUUCAAAUUCUAGCAAAGAAAAUAAAAAAGAUUGAUGCAGUAAAAAGGGACUUAUGGUGGGGAUUUGAAGAAAAGAGAGGUACAUAUUUUACAUCGUGGAAGAAUUUAAGUCUUCAUAAAAACCUUGGUGGUCAGGGUUUUAGAGAUUUAAGAGUUCUUAAUCAAUCUCUAUUAGUCAGAGCAGCGUGGAGAAUAUGCAUUAAUGUUUAUGAACAAUGGGUUAAAGCAAUGCAGGCGAAAUAUUUUCCCAGUACUAGCUUGCUUCAUGCUAGUAUUAAAACUAAUUGUUCUUGGGCAUGGAAUGGAAUUCAAAAGCAAGUCAGGUUCAAAAAGCAGCACAGUCGAUGGAGAUUAGGAAAAGGGAAUAAAAUAAAACUAUGGCUAAAUGAUUGGGUCGUAGGCAUGGAUACUCCUCCAGCUCUUAGGAAUGGGGCAUCUGAUUCGUAG